AUGGCGGCUUCUCCUCCGCUUGUGACUUCGGACAUACUCAACCCAGCCCAAGCUCCAGCUGCGCCACACAUGAACGAGACGCGUGAGGGCAUCGCGUCCGUGGUGUCGACAAUCAGAUCCUCAAUGGCCGAGCAGCAGCCUUCGACACCAGCAUCAGCACCACCACCGCCAGCGCCAGCGUCAGCGUCAGCCACAGGGCCCGUGAGCCAACAGCCGGUCGCUAUCACUGCUGUUCCUUUCAAGAGUGCGCCUCCUCAUCCUCCUCCUCCUUCUGCUUCUCCGGCGCUGCCCAAUGCCAUGACGGGCGGCACCCCGCCAGUUCCUGGUCCCGGAAUGCAGGCGGCGUCGCCCACAAACGGCGUGCCUGCGCAGUCGCCGCUUGUGCGCAGCGCGAGCGAGGCCGCGAGUGUCGGCAGCGGAGCGCUGGGCGGUGCGCCGGAGAGAGGCGGUUCGGCGCCUGUUGCGCAGGGCGGCGAGGCAAAGGCCGGCGGCAACGACGACAAGGCGAGGGCGUACAGGGCGCUGCUGGACCUGGUGCAGAAGACGGAUGCGUCGGUGGUGAGACAGGUGGUGAGGGAGCACUGGGGGAAGUGCCUGACUGGGUCAGACUAUCACUCGAGCUUUGUUGCGAAUGCUGCAAUCAACUACUCGAGUCCAGGAGUAAUCAGCCGAACUAUGCAAGAUCUUGGCGAAAAGGUCAUUAGGUCGUCAAAACGCGAGAUCGCCAAGCACUUUUCUGGACAAGAUCUGGAUGAGAUUGCAGAUCUCAUCGGGCCCAAGCUUAGCCCUCAUUUCCAGGACAGGGUCAUGGCCACGCGCUUGGAGACCAUCGGAGCCCAAGACCUUAUCAAUGCUUUGGCUCGAGCAGAGCGCCUCGGCUACCACAUCAACGACAUUGUCAAGAAGAAGCCCGGCCCAGGAGGCGAGAGCGUCAUCCCAUCAAUCAACACGCUCAUUACGUCGCUGCCGCCUCAGAUGCCGCCGCACCAGAUGCACGGAGGAGCACCCCCGCCCCCGAUGCCACCACACCCAGGGCAUGGACCCCCACAGCAGCCUCAUCCAGCUUAUCCGCCUCAUCCAGCCCAGCAAUACGGCGUGCCCCAAGGCCAGCAGCCUGUCCCCAUGCCGACGAACGGUACAGCUGUUCCCCAUGGACAGCCGCCUGCAGUCUCGACCCCAAGACAGAUGCCGAAACAAUCCGGCCGCAUAGUCUACUGUAGCACGUGCCACCGACCUUGCAGCAGCCAAGAGGCUCUCAAUUAUCACCAUAAGAGGGCUAAGUGCCACACUCUGAAGCAAGGCGAAAACCCCAACGCGGAUAUGUGCCUCCACUGCGGCUCCUUAUUCGAAAGCUCAGGGGGCCUAGCCUAUCACCUGAAGAGCGAUGUCUGUGGUGUGCACUCUGAGGCGACCCGACUGCAAAUGGUUCAACUGUUGAAACAGUGGGAACACAUGCGCAAGCAGGCCCCGAACCAGCCACCCAACACAUAUGUUGCUCCUAGCUACCAGACGACGACGCCCCGUCAACCAGCUACGACGACACCGGCUGCUAAGGCGUUUACGACCCCAAGCCAGAACGCGUCCACUCCCGUGGCGACACCAAGCCCCUCGGGCAACGACCCCUACGCGAAGCUGACCCCAGACCAACGGAGAGCCUUUGAUUUGGAGAUGAAACAAGUCGACGACUACUAUCUUGGUCAAAUGCGGGACGCCCAAGCAAGGCUGCCGGCCGGGCCACGUGAAGAGGAAAUCGCCAAGCUUAAGAAUCGUUACAACACCAAGCAGAGCAUGACGAGGAAGAAGUAUGGAAUCCGCCUCCGCGGACGGCGCGCCGACACCGAAGUCGACCGCUCUUGGAGUGGCGGCUCGAGGGAUCCUGGGCAGGCGCAGGCCGCAAAGAAGGUCCGCACCGAUGAUGGACAAGCUAGGCCAACGCAGACCGCCAGUCAGGUCGCGGAGUCCCCGCGUAGGAGGGUUCCCCUCGCUGAAAUGGGAGGGCUGUCGGCGUCUUCGGCUACUGCUGAGCUGGUUGAUCCCACAACGUCGUCUGCGAACUCUCAGCCACCACCCCCAGCCCCGACACAGAGUCAGCCGACAACAACAACAACAACAACAACAACAACAACAACAACGCGGCCUCCCCCGUCCUUUCAGGUAGCGAUACCGGCUCCUACACAUCAUGGAACGCACGAUGAUCCCAUGCAGAUUGACGACGAUAACAGCACAGAUUCUGACAAUAUGGACAUUCCUGCUAGGAUCAAGACGAAUUAG